AAAAAAAUCUCAGUACCUAUAUGUUGGCCGACAAAGUGAUUUUUUUAUUUUUUUAAGAAAAUUAUCAAUUCAAGUGCUGUUAUAUUUGAAUGAUGAUGUGAGGUGAACAAAAAAGCACGUUUUUGCGGCACGUUUAUAAAACCAAUAACUGCAGUUUAUCACAAGUCCAAAAUCAAUCGAAGAAGAAAAAAAUCUUAAACCAAGUGAAACACAAACACAUAUAACUAAACAUUCGUCAAAGUCACAAAACAUUGCUUAUCUGCAUAUCCUUCUCUAGAACAAAACUUCAUUUUUCUUAAACAGUGGUCUUAGAAUACCAUGAGUACCACUUGGAUGGAAGCAUUGCAUGCCAAACAUCAUACCGAAUCUGUUAAUUCCCAAAAUAAGUCUAAUAAUCGAAUGCCUGGAAACAGACGCUCUCGAGCCUCCCAUAGCAGUGACAAAAAUUCCUCAUUCUUAUUGGGUGGAAUGCCAAUUGUAAGUGCUUCGGCUGCCUCUUCGCCAGCAGGAUUUUUUCAAAAUUUAUUUGAAUCCGACAAAGAUUCCGUUCAUUACGUGGCCCUAAAUCAAACAGAUAUUGAAAAGGCUGAACAUAUACAGGCAGUUGAGGGGGAUCGCAAGAACGGUGCUGCUGCUGGUGAAUCGGACAGUGAAGUAGAGCUAAAUUCACAUUUAGAGAAUAUUCGUGACAAUAGCGGUAGUAACAGCAGCAGUAGUGUUGAGGAUUUAUUUGUAACCAGGGCCAAAAGAAAACAGCGUCGCAGAAUGACACGCCGAGGAACAUAUUUGAUGCGAGAGAGUUUCGACAAUAUAAGACAGAGCCGUGAGUACUCGCCACAGAAAUUGCGCAAAGUUCGCACAUUGCUGCUGAUUGGGGGUGCAAUAGUCCUUUUGGGCCUCUUGGGUACUGCAAUCUAUUUCAUUGUAAGCGGCUCCAGUGAUUCCUCAAACAAUGAGGAGAGUGAUUCGGGUCCUUCGAAUGGUAUCCAUUUGGAUGAUAUACUACAGGGUAAGCUGAUAUCGCGUCCAUUCAAUGGCAGCUGGUCGUCGACAGGACCUAAUGUUCUGUACAAAGAGAACAAUAAUUUUCAAAAUUUACAGGCCAUCAUGGAAUUGAAUGUCAAGACGAAGGUGAAAACGCGUCUAAUGUUGGAUGAAAAGCAACAAUAUGUUCUCUAUGAGAAAUCUGCUGAUGGUCAAUUCCUGUUGUUGGCCAAGAACUACAAGAAAAAUUUCCGCCACAGCUAUGAAGCCGAAUAUGAUAUCUACAAUAUAUCCAGUGGUCACAUAACUCCAUUGCUCAUACAAAAUCAAGUGCAUCCCCUUAUCAUGGUCCAAUGGGCGCCCGUGGGCAAUGCCUUAGUGAUAAAUUUCCAGCGUAAUUUAUAUUAUAAACCGACAGCUUUUGCCACCGAAAUUGCCCUCACCGAUGACAAGGAUUUGGCCAUACUCAAUGGUAUACCAGAUUGGGUGUACGAGGAGGAAGUGUUUUCAUCCAACUCGGCUGUAUGGUUUAGCCCCGAUGGCAGCCAGCUGGCAUUCAUACAAUUCGAUGAUAGUCCAACGCCUGUCAUCAACUUCCCCAUAUAUGGAGAAGCUGGUGAUAUCCGUUUUCAAUAUCCCUACAAUCGGUUGGUAGCCUACCCCAAGGCAGGUGCGUCCAAUCCCCGGGUCAAAUUGUUCACAUCGGAUUUAGCAAGAGCUGCUGCUGGUAAUACAGACCACUUGACUGAGAUACCAAGACCCAGUGGUUUGAAUACAGAAAGUGAUUAUAUUAUCACAGUAGUUGAUUGGCUAAAUAGCACGAAUGUCCUGUCGGUUUGGAUGAAUCGCAUACAGAAUUCGGCCACCAUACAAAUCUUCAAUGGCUUAAGGAGGCAGGAGAUCUUUAGCCUGAACUCCAAGACUGGUUGGGUGGAUAUCUUCUCGGCGCCUUUCAAAAAUCGUGAUGGCUCCCGCAUUGCCUUAAUUUUGCCUCAGGCCCAGGAUGGUGACAGUGGUGAAUACCGCCAUUUAUGUCUACUCUCCACCUCGACUACGCGUAGCCAACCCGAGGCCAUCACCAAGGGCAAAUAUGUGGUCACCUCCAUAUUGCAUUGGGAUACAGGCAGUGAUGUGAUAUUUUAUACCGCCAAUACUGAACAAAAUCCUGAAUAUUUGCAUAUCUAUUCCAUAAAAGCAGCCACGGGACAAACUGCCAAAUGUUUGACCUGUAAGCUGCACACAUCGAAUGGAGUCGAACAGACCUAUUAUUCUGCUGAUUUCAAUACAGCCAACCAACUGAUUAUCACCUCAGUGGGACCAAGUAUUCCAAUGACCGCAGUCUAUGAAUGGAGCGUUUCGGGCAAUCAAGUCUCACUCAACAAACUUAUGGACUGGGAACACAAUGAUGCUUUGAGAGAAAAACUGAAAGAUGUAGCCCUGCCCACACACGAGAUCAUAACAGUACCCAUUUCAGGCGGUUUUACCGCUAAGGUUUUGCUGCAAUUACCCCCUAAUCUUGAUCGUAGUGGUAACACCAAAUAUCCCAUGCUGGUUGAUGUCUAUGGUGGUCCGGAUUCAUAUUCGGUGGUCAACCGCUGGAUCAUGGACUGGGGCACUUAUUUAUCCUCCAAUCAAUCUGUGAUCUAUGCCAAAAUCGAUGGUCGUGGUUCUGGCCUUAGGGGUGAAAAGUUACUACAUUCCGUUUAUUUGAAGUUGGGCACUGUGGAGAUAGCCGAUCAAAUCGAUGUGGCUAGACAUUUACAACAAAAAUUCGAUUUCAUUGAUGCCGAACACACUGGUAUUUGGGGUUGGAGUUAUGGUGGCUAUGCUGCUGCCAUGGCCUUGGCUAAUGAUGAGACCAAAGUCUUCCGGUGCGCUGCUUCUAUAGCUCCCGUCACUGAUUGGGCAUAUUAUGAUUCCAUUUAUACUGAACGCUACAUGAGUUUACCCUCACUCAAUGAAGUGGGCUAUUCGAAUUCACGUCUUAGCACUCGUGCCUUGAAAUUGAAAGGCAAAAAAUUCUUGCUGGUCCAUGGCACUUUGGAUGAUAAUGUCCACUAUCAACAGGCCAUGAUAUUGGCAAAGAAUUUGGAAAGACAUGACAUACUCUUUAAGCAAAUUAGCUAUCCCGAUGAAGACCAUGCUCUAGCCGGUGUUAGACCUCAUUUAUAUCAUUCACUGGAUCGUUUCUUUGGCGACUGUUUCGCCCAAAAGCGUAUGGUUUAUAGAAAAUAAUGGCCCUGCUCUCUUACAAAUAACAUUUUACGAUUCCCCCAUCCUCAUCCAAAUCCUCUCCAAAAAGCCAAAAAAAAUUAAAAAACCAACCCAAAUUGCCAUUUUAAAAUUUCCGAGGAGUUAACAGAAAUAUGAAACGAAAAAAAAAAAUAGAAAUUAAUAGCUUACAAACAAAAAAGAUUAUUGUACUUAUACAUGCAAUAUGAACUAACCGAACCCGUUAAACAAAAGCAUUUAAAAGAGAGAAAAUUAAAAUUUUAAAUUCCAAAACAAGUCUAUGAAAGGGAGGAGAAUAAGGAGUAUGUGAAAAAUAAGCUCAAUUUGAUAUAAAAUAUUUAUGACUUCAGUUCCACAUAUAUCUUGGAAAAUUCUUCAGAAAUUACCCUUUAGCGCUUAUAUCUACUCCUAUAUGAUUUUAUACCAAAACUCUUUGGUUUGAGCCAACAUUCCGGUUUCAUCUGAUAUCUCCAUACUUGUUUGUUUUUUGUGAUAUGAAUGAGGUUCAAUUCGGAUAUUAGCAUACAUUCAUACAAAUGAAAUUGCAAAUGCAAAUACAUCACAAGGUAUUACUAAUCAAGCAGAUAUUUCGGUAAACUUUUCUUUCCUAUAUUCAAUCUUGCCUCUAUCUUUAUCUCUUUAUCAUUGCAAAUGAUGACAUUCCAACAAAUCUGUGUAAUAUAUGAGCCAUAUUUCGCAACCACAUUUCACAACACUUACAUUCUGCAGUUCUUGAGAAACAACUUGUAACAAAUAACAUGUUCAUAACUUGCCUUCGAUCACCUUUUGCUAUAACAUUUCUAAGUAGAAUUUAGAAUCAAAUCAAAAUUUUAAUGCUUCUUUCAAUCAAUUUUCCAAAAACUAUAUUUUCACAGUUAGACCGAUAGUUUUUUUUUUUUUUAUUUUGAGAGCACUUUGUAUAAAUUUAGAUUUAUAAUCUAUUUUCUUACAUAAGUAUUUUAUCUUUUAUAUAAAAUGAGAAAGAGAAAUUUUUACUAAUCUUUUCCUAGUAUAUUUUUAGGUUUAACCAGCCUUAACGAUUAAAUGAAAGCUGCUCAAAUA